AUGUCUGUUCGCGAUUGUGGCCCAAAUGUGCGCAUGUGCUUUAAAUCGUACGUGAGACGAAACAAUAAUGGAGACGAUUCACAUACGGAGACUCGUGACUGUGGAGAUCCAAACUCGGGACGAUGCUUCCAGGAUACGGGCUGCUCGGGACCAGGCUCGAACAAAGUAUGCUGUUGUGCGGGAGAUCUCUGCAAUUCCUCUCCAAAAACCGCAGCCGCCUUCACUCUCAUCUCGAUUUUCGUCGCUCGAAUUUUCUGUUUC